CAGCACUUCCUGUGUUUGCCCUUAACAAAGAUGGCGACAAUACUUCCUGUUCAGGGCUUUUGCCUUCAACAAAAAUGGUGCUUACGGUACAGGUUCCCUGACACUUUGUGGAGUCCGGUUGCAGUUUUUUUUUUUUUUUCCUUAAGAUACGUGUUUGCAGACGGGGAGAUGGAGGCUAGAGACAAGCAAGUGCUUCGCUCCCUUCGCCUCGAGCUGGGUGCAGAGGUACUGGUGGAGGGACUGGUCCUCCAGUAUCUUUACCAGGAAGGGGUCUUGACGGAAAGCCAUGUUCAAGAAAUUAAAGCUCAAGCCACAGGCCUCCGGAAAACAAUGCUGCUGCUGGAUAUCCUACCUACCAGGGGUCCUAAAGCAUUCGAUGCCUUCCUAGAUUCCCUGCAAGAAUUCCCCUGGGUAAGGGAGAAACUGGAGAAGGCAAGAGAAGAAGCCAUGGUUGAGCUGCCUGCAGCAAAACUGAUUAAUAGUGACACUAAAUGGAAUAAAUAAAGGCCAGAAAUAGCAUCAACAUUACCUCAGGUAAGGCUUUGCUACCACAUAAUUUUGGCACCAAACUUUAGAAAACACAAACAGAAAGUUCUUUGUUUUCAAGAGCUUUGUGAUUUCAGAAUCUCAGGGAAGGAAUUAUCAGCUUUUUAACAUAAAGUUGGCACAUUUCAAAUCAGAGAUGAAAGGACUUCUGAAGGGUGUUGGGAUUACAUACGAGUCAUUUAAGAGGAAAAAGAAAUAAAGUUAAAUCCCUACUUUAUAGCAAAAUUAAUUUUUUUGGCUGUGCCACACAACUUGUGGGAUCUUAGUUCCCCAACCAGGGAUUGAACCCAGGUCCUCAGCAGUGAAAGUGCAGAGUCCUAACCACUGGACUGCCAGGGAAUUCCCAAUGAUUUAUAGAGAUUUUACUGUUAAAAAAUUAAAGAAUCUAUAAAAGUAAUAGAAUAAACUAUAUACCCAGUCUUUAUUUAUAAUCUUGUGAUAGUGGAGAUCUUCGUAAGCAUUACACCAAUGGUAGAAACUAAAGAAUUAAAAAAUAAAGAAGAAAAAGAAAAGAGAGAUUAAACUAUGUAAAAAUUAACUUCUAUACAACAAAGAACAACAUAAUAAAGUUAAAAAUGAAUACCAACACGGGAAAAAUGUUGGCAUCAUAUAUAAUAGCAGCCAAAGAGUUAUUACCCAUAAUUUAUAACAAGCUCUUACAGAUUAAUAAACAAAAGAUGAAUUCUCCAGCACAAAAAAAGGACCAAUUAUAUGAAAAGGCAGUUUGCAAGGGAAGAAAUACAAAUGGCUGCCAAUAUUCUACCAGUACUCAGACAACAAUUAGGACUACUACAGCUUCUAUAGCUACUGCAGCAGCUACAACCAGCUGCUACCAUUUACUGAGUGUUUAUUGUGCACCAGGGACUGGGCUAAGGGCUUUACACAUAAUGCUUAAGAAAAUACUGAGACAGGUGUAAUUAUUUACACUUUGCAAUGAGGAGUACACGAUUUAGUGAGUCGAGGCAGCUUGUCCUAGGUCACACGUUUAGCAGGGCUUUUGUAACUCAGAACUGUUUGCCUCCAAAGCGCUUGCUUUUCAGUAGACACUGACUUACUGCCUCCAUAUAUUAAUGUACUUAUGAAAAGAAAAUCAAAUGAAAGCAGCCUGAAGUUACCAUUUCUUUUGUCUAUCAGAUUGGCAAUGAUUUGAAAAGAAUACUCAUUGCCAGGGAAGGUCAGGAUGUGGAGAAGCCUGGUGGGAGUAUCAAUUGGCAUGAUCCUUCUGGAAGGCAGUUAGGCAAUAUGUAUCAAAAGCCACAUCCUUUGACAUAGUGUUUCUACUUCUAGGAAUUUAUCUGAAAGGACUAAUUUGACAAAUACUCGUAUGUACAAGGAUAUUCAAUUCAAUAUUGUUUAUAAAACCACAAGGUUGAAGGAAACUUACUUGUCCUUCAAUGAAAGAUUGGUUAAAUCAGUUAGGGGAGAAUUGAUGAUAUAAAGCUAUAUUUAUUAAUUUUUGAACAUUGUCCUAUUCAAAUUUAUUAUUGGAUGGAAAAAUAAAACAAAACAAAGCAGGUUGCAAAACAGUCCAUGUGGUGCAACCCUAUAUUUGAGAAACUCAAAUUGUUUAUAUAUGCAUGUAUGCCAAGAAGAAAGUCUGGGACGUGGUGUUGACAGUGAUGUAAUUAUAAGUGAUUUAUUUUCUUUAUAUGUUUCUGCAGUGUUUAUUGAUUUAUUUUUUGCUGUUACACAUAUACUCUGGUUUUUAAAAAGUACUUAAAAAUACAUAUAAUUUCCCCGUACUGAUGGAACAUCCCAACUUGAAGAUUAAGCACAAAAUUCUGGGGAUCUAAUCCAGGUCUGUAAAUUUACUUUGCUUUUGUUAGGGGGUAUUUAGGUACUUUCCAUACUUACAUUUUACUCUUUGAAAGUUGACAUGGGCAUGAGUUUACACAUACACAUGAUUUCCCACAUGUUUUUCCAAGAAUUGCCAGAUUUCUUUUUCACUGAUUGUGUUUAAAGUCAUAGUUUGCCAGCUCUUUGGUUUACAAAAGCCAGUCAGUGUGAAAUUGACGUGAAUAAACUUUUUAAUAGAUAUAAGGAAGUCCUAUUCAUGUUUGCCCAAUCAGUAGAUCAAGGUCAGAUUUCCUUAUUGGGCUGACACCUUCUUAAUAACAAGUGGAGUUUUUAAAAGUAGGUUUAACAAAUGUAGCUGAGGAAUCCUGCCCAAGGGAAAGGUUUAGAAAAGUAUUAUUUCUGAUAGGGAGGCAGCCAUGUUGGGAAUAUCUUAAAAGGCUUGAUAUAACCUAGAAUUUACUAUGAAACUGUGAAAAACUAAUAUGUGGCAUGUGAGCAAUUUGCACAGUGCUUUUCAACAUCUUUCUAGCCACUCAGCAUUGUUUAGUGAUGAGAAUUGUGGACUAAGGAGUGUACAUUUUGGUGGUUUUUGAAGAUUUGGAUAUAGGGAUUUGAGUUCCACUUGAUUGAACUGGCAGCUUAAGAAAUAGAUUUUUAAAUUGCUUACCGAAUGAAAAAGGAAAACACUUGUAGUGAAAAUGCUGGUUGUAGAUAGUUCUAAAGGCCAUUUGGGGCAACAGAACAAGGUGACAAUCACCAAGAAAAUGGUUAGUAAUGGGCUUUUAGAGACAGUGUCUUAAUGCAGUUGUUAUUUUAAAUUAUCUUUAAAGUGGUUUAUUGACCCUGUUUUUCUGUUUUGACAUUCUCUUUCAAAGGUAUAUAAGUUACACUGAUACUAUUUGAAUAGUGCAACUCUUAUGUAGCAGUUAAAGAGGGUGCAUUUUGGAGUCAGGCGGACCUGUGUUAAAAUCCAAACUCUACUACAUAGUAGUUUUUUGACCUUUGGCAAGUUACGCAGCCUCUCUAGGUCUCUCUCAGUUUCUUCAUCUCAAAAAUACCAACCUUACAGGCUGUUGAGAAGAUUAAGUGAGAUAAUUUUUAUAAAGAGCUUAAUAGCAUCUGACACAGGUAAAUGCUUAGGUUGCUUUAAUGAUUACGUAUAGUUCAAUCUUAUUUAGAAUAAUUUUAUAAUAAUAUGUAGUAUAAUGGAAAGAAUGUAUGUUGUACUGUCUAAUGAACCCACAUUUGAACCCUGGCUGUGCCCCUUAAUAACCCCAUAAUCUUGGGCAGGUCACUUAUGUGCUGAGCCCGAAUUUUCUCCUUCAUGAAACGGGGUCCUCCGUAAUGCUUACUUUGUCAGAUGUUGUGAGGAUUAGAGAUGAUAGGUCAAGUGUCAAACUCUGCGUUUGGAGCAAAGUAGGUAUGCAGUGAAUGGUAACUAUUGUCAUUGCUAUGGAAGCUAAUAAAUAUCAAAGAACCUCUUAAGGGCUUUUUAUAUUUUCCCUCUUUGUUUUUUACCUUUAGUUUCAAUUCUUUAAGAAACUGGGUACACAUAGCCAAGACUAUGCAAUAUAAGAAAAGCUAAAGAAGUUAUAUAAAAUUGAUCAUAGUACUACAUUCGGUAAACCAAAAGAAUAAGAGUCGGAAGUGAUGGAUUGUAUUAAUAGAGAAGGAUGUGUACAUAGGGCCUGGCCUUGGGGCCCUUGUCAGGGACUGGUCUCUCAGGAAGAAGCAGCAUGAAGGGCAGUGGUUUCAUUUCUCAUAGUCGCCCCCUGUCACUUACUACACUGAGGAAGUGUAUGUCAUGGGCUUCGGAACCUGUGCUGGCUGACCAACUGGCCAGUCCUCUAGAACAGCUGCUGGAGGUGCCUGGUGCACUGGCAUUGAGGGCAGGCCCGGCUGGCUGGCAAACACUUGUGAUGUUAUGCUAAUGAGUCCUUCUGUGGAGGCUGCCCUCCCAGGUGGGCUUUGUCCACACACGGUCCAUCUUGCUUCAUAUUUGCAUGGUAUGGUGCUUGUUGUAUCCAUUUGUCUGCCUGUCCUCCUGCCCUCCCUCCCUUCCAUCCUUCUUUCCAUCCAUUCAUCCUUCCUUCCUUCCUUCCUUCCAUCCAUCCAUCCAUCCAUCCUCUAAGUGCUAGCUAUAGCAGUGAAAAACAGAUAAAAUCCUUGCCUCAAGGAUCUUACAUUUUAGAGAU